AUGCUGGGGGGCGCGUGGGCUGGCACAGCAUGGCGUAUCCGCUCCAAGUACCGGUACCUGCUUCUCUCUGUCCCCUCCUCUCUGUCGCUGGCUUUUAUUUUGCCAUCUCUCCCAUUUCUCCGCAUUGUAGGUACAGCGGUACAUUACUGGAUCGCUUCAAAACCGGCCCUGAAGCCCAGUGUCUCGUUUGAUUCCGUCAAGGAUGAAGGGGAGGGAGGGAGGGAACAGCCCGACGAUGACAUGCUCCUGCUCCACUCGGCAGACCAAGAUUGCGCUGCUGUUGUCCCGCCCUGCCUUGCUGCGGAAUGUCUUCCCUUCGUCGUGCGCGAGGACGGAAUCGCGGAUGGGUCCACAGAGACGGCGCAACGCACACACGCGUUCUCGGUAGGUAUGGGUUCACAUACAGAGUAUCUGUAG